UUUCCGGCGCCUGUGACGGAGUCUGCGACAGGAUUCGCCAUGGAGCUGGAUGUCGAGCGGCUGUCGCCCAAGGAGGAGGGCGAGUUGGAGGACGGGGAAAUAGACGAUGACAACGACGAGAACGUUUACCCGGAGUCGCGGCUUGUCUCGUCUUCCAUUCCCAAGCCCAGGCCCAGCAACAGCGGGGGCUCGGGCCCCAAAAGCCACCGGCCGCUGGGCUCGGGGAAUGGCCUCGUGUACCGGCUCAAGGAGCCGUACCGGGGCUUCACACAGCCACCGCCGCCUCCUCCUCCCCCGCCCGCUCUCCUCGGUGACUCGCCCCGCUCCAACUUCUGGGAGAGGAGCCACGGCACCUUCGGCCGUUUCCGCUUUCGGGAGGGGUCCAAUCGCGGCCGCUGGGGCAGGGGCUGUCCGGGAGCUGGCCCUCGGGGAUCCAAGAGGGGGAGACCGGGGCCCGGGCCCGCCUUCAUCGGGAACAGCAACAACAUCCGCAGGGAUUCUCCACCCAGGAAACCAAAAUUCUUUGGACGGUUCCCAUCAAGGAGACCAGCUCAGUAUUGCAGAAAUGAUGAUGAUAUGGAUGAAACAUUUGAAGAUCUUCUUAGGAAAUAUAAAGAGAUUCAGCUGGAACUGGAAUGUCUUAAUAGAGAGGAAAAAAUGUCUCAAACUACCAAGGGAGAAAACUUGCUGGAUGAGGAUGGUGGUGUUGUGUCUGGGAAUGUUAAUGUAGAAACCAACAGUAUUGAAAAGAACAAUUUACAGCUGUCCACUGAAAAACCUCAGGUGAAAGCUUUUCAGGCAUUUGAACUAAAACCUUUAAGACAGAAGUUACGUGCACCAGCUCAGAUGGAACAAGACAGCCAAAAACCAGAACCAUUGGAGCCUUCAACAAAUAAACCAGAAUCUGAAAAUAAAGAUCCAGACCACUCUAGUUCAAAUAGUAAGGGAUUUUUGACAGAAUCUCCUUUCAAGGACAUUAUCAAAGUGGAUGAUGAAGAAGUUGAGGAAGAGAGGGAAGAGGAGGAAGAAUUGUCAGAACUCCAGUUGCGCCUUCUUGCAUUGCAGUCUGCUAGUAGAAAGUGGCAACAAAAGGAACAAUGUGUAAUGAAGGAGAGCAAAGAUAAGCUUACAAAGCCAAAAAUCUCUCAGCAGAAAGUCCGAAGUAGCCCUAAAACCCAUAUGCUGAAGAAACCAUUUACUACAGGUGCUGCUACAAAGCAGGUUUUGCGAAGGCAGAAAACAAGUGCUUGGAAAAAACUACAGCAGCAAAAAGAACAAGAAAAGCAAAGAAAGGAAGAGGAAGAGAAGAAACUUCUAGAGGAGGAAGAACGCAAAAAACGUGAGGAUGAAAUCAGAAAAAUUCGUGACCUCUCCAAUCAGGAGGAGCAGUACAAUCGUUUUAUGAAACUUGUAGGAGGGAAAAGAAGAUCGGGUAGCAAGUCGGCAGAAUUUGAUAUCAAAAAAUCACAGGAGAGGCCAAUGGAAGAAUCUGGAAACCUGUAUCAGUAUGAUAAUUAUGAAGAAGUUGCUAUGGAAACAGAUAGUGAAACCAGUUCACCAGUAUCAUCUCCAGUGCCAUCUUCAAUAUCUGUGGAUUACCAGUCAGGGUAUUUUGUUCCAAUGCCACCUGUGCCAGUGUCUUUACAGCAUCAAAACAUGGUGGAUCCUGUAAUUCCGAAUUACUUAGAGUCCUACUUCCCUAGUCCCUUGGAACUGCCUAUGCCGCCACCACCCCCACCACUACCUCCAGAGGAACCUGAGCAGCCACCUAAACCUCCAUUCGCUGACGAGGAAGAAGAAGAAGAAAUGCUCCUUAGAGAGGAAUUGUUAAAAUCCAUAGCAAAUCGGCGUGCUUUGAAACCAGAGGAUUCACCUGAUAACUGUGACAUGGCUUUCCCACCACUUCCUAUUGAAAACUCCCAAUGUGGGCCAGUAAAUAAUCUUUCAACUGCUGACCUGAACUCUACAUUACAACCACGUCCUCAAAGUGCAAAGUUUACAAGAGGACCUUCAGCUCCUCGUCCGUUAAUAAUGAUUCCAAGGCACAAAGCUGUAGUUGUGAGACUGGAUGACUCUGAUGAUAGUGAGUCAGAUAAUGAACAAUCCAAUUUAAAUGUGGGUGUCUUUGGAGGUUUGGAGUCCAUGAUUCGAGAAGCCAGAAGAUCUGCAGAGGCCUCAAAACCAAAGCCAAAACUAAAAGCAGAAAAGGAAAAUGAUCCUGCUGGAACCAAAGAUGGAUCUUCUGAGGGGCCGAAAAAGGAAAAUAGACUUUUAAAGGAAGAAAAUAUCAGUCGUGAGAAACAACGACUGCUGAAGUCUGAUUUGUCAAGGGCUAGUCCGUCACUGGUUCGCUCAGAUGCUGAAGUAAAUGCUAUUGGAAAAAGAACAGUGGUCAGUAAACAACUGUCAGAUGUUGAAGACAGACUCAGAAAACACAAUUUCCUCUUGACAAAAGAUGAAUCUCUUCUAUCGAAUUUGUUACAACAAGAAGCAAAGAAGAAAGAAGCACUGCGUCAAGCUGAAGCCAAAUAUGUGAAGCACAAAGAACAGUUGCAGGCAGCUGAAAAGAUUGUGAAUGCUAACAGAAUGCUUCUUAAAAAGCUUCAAGAACAGAUCCAUAAAGUAAAACAUCGAAUACAAGUUAAAAAGAAUUUAUCAGUAAGAUAUGAAGAAUUUGCAAGAGCAAAAGCUGUUGCUAGUCAAGAAGUGGGCAAACGUAAACGUGAACACGAUUCAUUUGUUGCUAACAAGAAUAUCCGGUUGGAUGGCUCGUCUAAACGUGUGGCAAUCUUAAAGAAACAAUCUGCUGAAUAUAUAGCUAUGGAGAAAAAACGUUUGCAGCAACUUGAAUAUGAGUAUCGGCUAAAGAUUCAAAAACUGAAGGAGGCACAGGCCUUAAGGAAUGCCGGGCAACCUGAUUUGCAAGGGAUAGAGGAAGAGCAUGCAUUUGUGGUGUCCCAGCCUUCUCUCCAUGACCUAACACAGGAUAAACUUGUUCUUGACACUGAAGAAAAUGAUGCAGAAGAUGAAGUGCAGUCCCCAUCUCUAAGGGAACGAAGGAGGUCAUUCCGGGAAUCAAACUCUUUUACCAAGCCAAAUCUCAAGCACAAAGAUCUAAGUCAGGGGAAAGACACUUUGAACAAACCUAUGAAGAAAAGCUUUGAUGAACCUGAGCUGUUUCUUGGGCUCAAUAUUGACGAUCUCAAAAAGCUUCAUGGAGAGGCUGAUGACUUGAAAACAUUGCUUCAGAAAACUUCACUAUCAGUGCCUUCCAAAGAGAAACCUGUGUAUGGCCAGGAGAUUACUGUGGAUUUGGAUAUAGUAUUGGCACAGUCAAGGCAAACGGAUUUGAAGCCAACUGCCUUUGGACCGUAUAAUAGCCCACUUUUAGUCUUCAAAUCUUACAGGUUCAGUCCUUAUUUUCGUAACAAGGAAAAACUUCUGAUUAGUUCAGUCUCCUACAGCAACUUGAUUGACCCCAAACAACGUUUCUGUCGCUUUGAUUUAACUGGUACAUGCAAUGAUGAUGAUUGCCAAUGGCAACAUAUGAGAGACUGCAUUUUAAAUCAAGGCCAGCUGUUUCAAGAUCUUCUCUCGUACAAUUUAGCUCUGAUUAAAUGUUCAGAUUUUAGUACAGAUGAAGAAAUCAGGGUUGCAGCAGAAAAUUAUGUGGAUAAACAGUUUGGCAAAAACAAAGAUCGUAUGACCACGGAUGAGAUGGCUGUUCUGCUUGUUAGCCAAGUGAAUGAGAGCACUGGUCAUACACCUCCUUUUACAACUUUCAAAGACAGAAGGAAAUGGAAGCCCCAGAUUUUGAGAAAGCAGUUUUCUGAGAGUAGCACCAUUAAUGGCAGCGAUGAUGAACAAAAUUCUGGGCCAAUAAGCUAUGCCAAGUCUGUGGAACAUUCAUGGCCUGGAACCCAUGCUUUGGAUGCAGUUAUUACCCCAGAUGAUGUUCGGUAUUUUGCAGCAGAGACUGAUGACAUUGCCAAUCUUGAAACCAGUGUGAUGGAGAAUCCUCAAGAUGUGCAGCUUUGGAUUAAACUUGCAUAUAAAUACAUGAAUCAGAAGGAAGGGACUCCAACAGAAUGUUUAGAUGCAGCACUGAAUGCUUUAGCUCGAGCACUUGAAAUUAACAGAACAGAUCCUGAAAUUUGGUGCCAUUAUCUCAACUUGUUUUCAAAACGAGGUACAAAGGAAGAGGUUCAAGAAAUGUGCGAGACAGCUGUACAGUAUGCCCCCACAAAUGCUGUCUGGUGGACUUAUUUGACGCUUGAGAAUUCCUUUGACGGAAAAGACUAUGUGUGCAGUCGAAUUGUGCAGUUCCUAAUGGAAACAAUUGAAAAAUCUGAAAAAUCUGAAAUUCUGUCUUUUCAACUACUUCAAUCGCUCCUUUUUUGGGUGCAAUUAAGUCUCUUUACUGGAAGGCAUCAGAAUGCACUGGCCAUCUUUCAGAAUGCUUUGAAAAGUUCAGAUGGUAACAAAAGUGUGGCAGGAUAUUUAAAAGCAGAUGACUGCGGUCUGGCUUGGUUAGCUUAUAUUCACCUCAUUGAAUUCAACACUCUUCCUUGCCGGUUCUUCGAUCCAGCUGUAGCCGUUCCUUCCAAACUUGUAAUGAAGGAGCCAUUUCUCAUCCCUUGGCAAACGUCAAAAGAUAUAAAAACACAUCCUGACACAUUACUUGCAUUGUUUGAAGAUGCUGUCCGUGCGUGUUCUGAGGACUGUCCUUCAACGGAGGAGAGAAUUGCAGCAUGUCUUUCAAUCUACAGGAAUAUGAUUUUAGUACUGAAGUUAAUGGGAAGAUGGGAAACUGCUGAAAAACUUUGCAAGACACUGCUACAAUCCUGUCCAGCUGCUUAUCAACUUACUGAAGCUUUAGCUGACCUCUAUUUAGAGAGAAAACAAAUUGAAGAUGCUGCCAGUGAGUGGCUCUGCGCAUUUAGAAGGAACCCCCAUAACGCUCAGUUAUUCUAUUAUGCAUUCAAGUUCUUUAUUUCAGUGAAAAAGAGAGACGUUAUUCCUGUUCUGUUCCAAGAAUUUAUUGACUCCUUCUUUGAGGGAGAAGUCCCCACGUGCCACCCUGCAAAUACUUUACGUCAGUUCUUGAACUAUCCCAUGCCUUAUGACUUCAGAGCACCUUCAUGCAAAGAACUAUUGAAUGGGGAACUGCUGAACACCCAGAUCCCUUAUCUAUGGUUGAUAUUCUGCUUGUGGCAGUCCAUUAAUGCAGGCACAAGGGAAGCUGUGGACACCUUUGAAACAGCUCUUGGUACAGUUAUGCAGAAUGAUGUAGUGCAACAAAUCUGGAUGGAUUACCUUGUUUUUACCAGUCGGCAGCUUGUUGGUGCCACGAACAAGAACCAAGACUUUAAACUGUUUACAGACUUGGUGCAUAGGUGUUUGGUCACUGUCCCCACAAGAAUGCUUAUACCAUUCAGUUCUGCCAAUUAUUGGAGCAACUAUGAGUUUCAUAAUCAGGUGAUUUCCUUUUAUCUAAGCUGCCUUCCUCAAUCCCAGCAUUGCAAAGCAUUGGAAAGGUUCCCUUCCAUUAUGCCAACUGAUGUUGGACUAGCACUAAGAGUACUGGAACAGGAAUGGACGGAGGGUAAUAUCCAGCACCUCAAACUACAAUCAAAUAUGUUUACACAUUCUCUGCCAAUCUGUCUGCCAAUUUGGAAAAUAGCCAUAGCUGUUGAAAGCAUGUUUAAGGACCAGCAAAAUGAGGUUCGGCAGCUUUACCAGCGAGCACUUAAGAAGUUACCCCUUUGUGCAACGCUCUGGAAAGAUCAACUCUUGUUUGAAGCUUCAGAAGGAGGUAAAACUGAUAAUCUCAGAAAACUAGUUACCAGGUGUCAGGAGAUUGGCGUCAGCUUAGAUGAGCUCUUAAAUUUAAGCCCUUCCCAGAACAGAGGGCAAUAAUUACAGAGCGUAAAAAUGUUUCCUGGUCCCCCUACGUAAGAGAGGUGGCUCGUCAAGACUUGGCUGGUCUGUAGCAAAUGCAGAUAAUAAUCUGUGGAGAUGCACAUGUCCUUCCCAAUGGCUAUCUUCUCUACGUGGUCAAAAAUCUUGGAGCUUACGAACCAGUCACCCAAAACAAGAUCAAUGAACUCCUACUUGGCCUCUGGGCCCUGUCAGAUUGUCGUAACAUCACGUCCGUAAGUAUGGUACCUCAGAAUGAUGAAUUAUUUUUUAAAUGUCGUGUGUCUUUAGUCUUUAUACAAACUGCUGCAUGUAAAAUUGGCUAAAUUUUAGUGCAGUUCUAUGCACAUGAAUAAGGCAGUUUCAAUUCUUUUGUUUUCUUUUCUUCCCCCCUCCCUUGUUAAACUUCUGUUUGAGAUUUUUUAUUACAGGUUCAAAAGCAGCAGGUUUCACAGAAAAAGUGUUAUUGCCUUGGUAGAAAGUCCAAAGUGACUGCUUUGCCAGGUGAAGAUUCCAGGAGGGGUUGCAUAAUACCCUUUCUCAUGUUCAGUGUGGUGGACUUGCUGCUGCAGAGACUCUUUGUUUUAUGUAUUAACAUACUUGAAGACAAAAUCUACUGCAGUGGAAAAGUUGGAACACUAAAAUUUAUGCAUGCCAGUGCAUCAGUUCUUGAGGCUGGUCAAUUUAUGUGCAAUCUUGUUUUGUGAGAAUUUAUUUAUUUUAUGGUUUAAGGAAAACUUGAAGAGUGACAAGUAUUUGACAAAUAAACUUU